AUGCUUCGCUUUCAUCGUAUACUCAUAACUUCCUCGCCACAUGUGUUACUUCGACUGGCUCCAAUAACUACAAGACCGUUGCUCAUUCGUUCGUUCCAAACAUCACCAAUACAAUGUAAACUAUUUAGAGGACACAAGAAACAUACGGAACCGUUUACUAAGCCUGAACCCACUAUCAAAUCACAACCUACUGGGUCUACGCAAGAUGACCUGCUCAAAAUAUCACUGUCGACACUCCCAGCGGGAGGACCUACUGAACACGACUUUAAAACCCAUCCAAUAUUGAAGCGUGUGCCUAAGUUUCUUCGUAACUACACGGCUAAGUUUGUCAAUGCGCCUUUUUCUCAUUUGAUUGCAUUUAUUGUGCUUCAUGAGAUCACGGCGAUCGUGCCAUUAAUUGGUAUUUGGUACUAUUUACAUCAACACCCUGGAUUCAUCCCAUUGGAUCUUCCUCAAUGGGCAUUGACUAAAGGUGCUAAAGUCAUUGAUUCUGCAAUGGGGCAAUUUGAUUGGAGUUUCAAUACUAGUGAUAAAUUGUCAGUUAUCAUGGAGGGUGCAUAUGCUUUCACGAUUGUUAAAUUGUUUUUGCCAGUUAGAGUUAUUGUUAGUUUGUGGGGUAUGCCUUGGUUUGCUAAAUGGUUUGUUUUACCAGUUACUAAUUUGUUUAGUAAUUGGAAGAAGUUAAGAAAGGCGAAAGCUGAGGUCAAACCUGUUGAAGGAAAAAUGAAGACCAAGCAAGUUGAUAAACCAAGGUUGUAG